AUCCGCCGACCACGGAGUCGGCGUCAUCGACAUCACCUCGACGAUUGAGAGAUAAAGUGACCAUGGCGCCGCCUCAAGCCAUUAACGCUUGUAAUUUGACCCUGAUCACGCGUUUCGAUAACAGCUCUCCCUCGCCGUCACUAUGGCGUACAACAAGGAUAUCACCGACUUGCACUGUUUGAAUAUUGAGGAGCUGCGCGUUUUAGCAGCGCAGCGCAUGGACAAGCAGACCCGCGACUACUACAACGAAGGCUCAGACUCUGGCAGCACACUCGCCGAGAACAUCACCGCGUACCAGAAAUACCGCAUCCGCCCGCGCGUCCUGCGUGACAUAUCUGUUAUCGACACCACAGUCGAUGUCUUCGGCCAGAAAUCCAGCAUGCCCAUCGGCGCCGCAAGCACUGCAAUGCAUUGCCUGGCGCAUCCCGACGGCGAGAUCGCAACAGCGCGCGCAUGCAAGAGCCAGGAUGUCGUCAUGGGCUUGAGCAGUUUCGCAACACAGACUCUCGAGGACGUGAAAGACGCAAUUGGCGCGACACCAAUGGCGCUGCAGCUCUACCUCUUUGAAGAGCGCGAUCACAGCGUGAAGCUUAUUAAGCGCGCAAAAGCAAAGGGCUACAAAGCUGUUCUUUUGACUGUCGACACCCCCGUCCUUGGACGCCGAAAUCUGGAGAUCCGGAACCAGUUCACACUGCCUAAGCACCUGCGGAUAGCGAACUUCGCGAAUCGCGACGAUGAGAGCUCGGGGGAGAGUAAUACCGAGCAGGCCUACAGUACAUCUGGGUAUCACGACGGCAAGAAGAGGGUUCUGCCGACAGGGCCAAUCAGGUUCCACACGCACGCGGCGAAUCCGACGCUAACGUGGGAGAAGGACAUCGAGUGGUUGAAGGAGCAAUGCCAUCCUGAGAUGGAGGUCUGGGUAAAAGGCGUCGCGACCGGAGAGGAUGCCCUGCUGGCAUGCCAACACGGUGUUGAUGGCAUUGUGGUCUCAAAUCACGGUGGUCGCCAACUCAAUGGUGCGUUAGCGACUGUCGAUGCGCUACCUGAGGUUGUGCGUGCUGUACGAAGUCAGGAGAAGAAAAUUCCAGUCCACGUCGAUGGCGGAAUUCGACAUGGAACAGAUGUAUUCAAAGCGCUAGCGCUCGGCGCGGACUUUGUGUGGAUCGGCAGGCCGAUCCUAUGGGGUUUGGCAUACAAGGGGCAGGAGGGCGUCGAACUUGCGCUACAGCUGAUUCGCGAUGAAUUCAAGCUGUGUAUGGGUCUCGCUGGCGUUACAAGUGUCAAGGACAUCGGGCCUGAGUAUCUCGUGAAGAUUGACAAGAGCGGUUUCACCAGCCGCUUGUAGUUGUGUUGUUCUAUAUUUUUGUAUUUUCAUAUCAUUAGCAUGAUUUUUUCUAAUCGCGUUGGCUUGCGCAGCAACCUCCAGUUA